AUGGCCUCUGCUCAGUGUUACAAAACCUGUGAACAAAGCUGCCAACACAAAAACCACUCCCAGCAGCAGCAGCAACAUAGCUCAAUCGGACAGAAGCUAACUGGCUUGUUCAAAGGACACCACAAUGAUGGAACACAAACCAAAACCGAAUACUAUAGCGAGACAGAUGUGAUUUAUCAACCAGGAUAUGUUGCCAAAAAUCACAGUAAUCACAAUCAUGCCGCUACUGGCACCACCGUUGUUACCAGCACCACUGCGGCAAAAUGCCAAGGGAGAAAUAGGAAAGAGAAGAGAAACAUGUUCCAGAGGAUGAAGGAUGGCAUAUCAGGUCACAGCAGUGACAGCGGCAGUAGCAGUGAUGAGUGUGACAGCGACAAUGAAUACCGUUGCCACAGGAAGAAUUGCAAUUGA